GAGAAGGAGAAAAAAAAACAAACACGAGGAAGUGAAGCGUCGUGGGAGGGUGGGCCACCUGUGACGGCAAAUGAGUGGAGGAGCCUCGAGUCAGUCCCAGUGCUCGUACCGUGUGUCAUUCAGUGGGUGUUUGUGUGGUUGAGAGUGAGUAUAGGCGUUUAAAGUCCAGUUGGAUUAUCUUGAGCUCAAGGAAACGUACAUAUCCUGCUCUUCGAGGAAUUUGUACGUGAUUUAGCACAGUGAAAGAGGCUGCCUGCUUGCAUGCCAGUGUUUGUCUGAGUGCGUGGGUGUGUGUGUGUGUGUGCAGGGGCGUAUGUGAGUCGUAGGGUGAAAAUGUUCGUGUGGUGAGUGCAUGCGUAUACACCCUGGUCGGAGAGUGUGUGUCCUACGAGACGCUCGGCAGAGAUGCAGGGAGCUCGAUCCUCUGCGGUGCGGCUCCUGCUGCUGAGCUGCUGUGUGUGCGCGGCGGCCGGCUACCCCUUCAGAACGCCCCUGGACCUGGAUGUGACUCCACGCGUCACCGUGUUGAGCGGCGGUCUCCAGGGCUGCAGACGUUUCCAGUCCUCUGCAGUCAACUACAGCACCAUGUUGCUGGAGGCUGACAGUGAGCGUCUUUACGUCGGGGCCCGAGGGGCUGUAUUCGCUCUCAAUGCCUCUGACAUCUCAGCCAGCUCUGCUCUCACUAUUGAGUGGGAAGCCUCCCCCGAGCAAAAACGUCAGUGUCUGCUCAAGGGAAAAGACAAUAAGACGGAGUGUUUUAAUCACAUCCGCUUCCUCCAGAGGUUCAACUCGACUCAUCUCUACAUGUGUGGGACUCAUGCCUUCAGACCCCUCUGUGCAUACAUAGAUGAGGAGAGGUUUGUGAUGUCUUCUCAGCCUGAAGAGGGCAGAGACAAAUGUCCCUAUGGCCCAACAACGGGCUACACUGCCCUCAUCAUCGACCAGCAGAUGUAUACAGCUUCCCAGUAUGAGUUUAGGAGCUUUCCCGAUAUCCGCCGCAACUCUCCUGCUCCCACACUGAAGACAGAAGAUGCUCCCACACGCUGGCUGAAUGAGGCAGACUUUGUGGGCUCGGCCUUGGUGAAGGAGAGUUUGGGCAGCAGCACCGGUGAUGAUGAUAAGAUCUACUUCUUCUUCACCGAGAGGAGCCAGGAGCAGACAACAACCUACAGCCACAGCAGGGUGGCACGAGUGGCUCGGGUUUGUAAGGGGGACAGAGGAGGCCGCUUAACUCUCCAGAAACGGUGGACAUCCUUCCUCAAGGCCAGGCUGACAUGUUCUCUGCCCGAGUACGACUUCCACUUCAACAUGCUGCGCAGCGUGUUCAUCAUGCCUGGCCACAUGCCGCAGGACACGCUCUUCUACGGCAUCUUCGGCCUGGAGUGGAAAAACGUGAAGGCGUCCGCAGUGUGUCGGUUUUCUCUGUCUGAAGUCCAAAAGGCCUUUCAAGGACCCUACAUGGAGAACCAGGACUCUGGCUCUAAGUGGAAGGAAUACACUGGAAAGAUCCCUGACCCACGACCUGGAACGUGUAUAACUGACGCUCUGAGGGCCAGGGACAUAAACGUCUCCACCUCCCUGCCUGAUGAUGUGCUGGACUUUGUCAGGAGGCAUCCGCUGAUGUCCCAGCAGGUCCAACCUUCAGACAGACGCCCCCUUUUGUUCAGGAGGACCACAGACUACACACACAUGGUCGUACACAUGAUCCAAGGCUUAGAUGGACGAACAUAUCAUGUAUUAUACAUGGGCACAGAUGAAGGCUGGUUACAUAAAGCUAUAGAAGUCGAAGGUCAGCUGCAUAUUAUCGAGGAGCUUCAAGUCUUUGAGGAACCACAGCCUGUUAACAAUCUACUGAUAUCUGCAAAACAGAUGAGUGUGUACGUGGGCUCUCCAUCAGGCGUGGUGCAGCUUCCCCUCUCUGACUGUCACAGAUACACUUCCUGCUACGACUGCAUCUUUGCCAGGGACCCUCACUGUGCCUGGAACGGAGCCCUGUGUGUGGACAUAAUGGCACACACAAAUAGAUCCAUGUUAAUCCAGGACAUCCAGCAUGGCAGCAGGGGAUGUGAGAACACACAAAAUGACAUUGUCGUGCGGAGCCGCUUUGUGCGGGUGAGUGAUGACGUGCUGCUGCAGUGUGAGCUCAGCUCCAACCUGGCGACGCCCCUGUGGACUCUGGAUGGCAGCGAGCUGCAAGGCUACGGCCUCAACUCUGGUUUCAGAACUGGCACUGACGGCCUGCUGAUCAUCGAGGCCCGGCAGGACCAGAGCGGGCUGUACACCUGCUACGCUGUUGAGAACAAUAUCAAGGUCGCCAUAGUUACCUACAAUGUCACCAUCUGCCUGGACCUGCCCCCUCCCCCACCUGUAGAGCCAACUGACGACCCUUACAAUCUCUUCGCCACCCUGCCAGCACCCACUGAGCAUCCCUCCUUAGAGAGACCCCUGCCUCCACUCCCGGCCCCUCUUCUCCCCCAUUCAGAGCUGCUCUCCCCCAGGAACAUGGAGGCCAUGUACCUGUCCCUCAUCACCAUCCUCGGAGGCCUGUGUGUGGUCCUCACCGUGGUCCUCGUCUACGUGGGCUUCUGUCUGCGAGUGGGCAACAGAGGGAAGUACUCAUUACGCACCGCAGCUGCUGGCUACCCAAACAGUAAGAGGCACAACAGGAACAAAAAACAGCACAGAAACUCCUCCCACAUGGAGCUGAAGACGAUCUCGAGCCACUGUAACGGCAACAGCAUUUGUAAUGGAGUUUCAAAGCACAAUAACGGCAACAUCCAGGAUGGAGGCUUCCUCCAGAUCGUCCCCGGCGAGGGUCACCCAUCACCCAAUAAGGAGCCUCCUCCCCCAGCCCCUCCUCUCCCACCAACUCUGCAACUUUCCUCUCCAGAGUGUGACUUCCCCAACGGGCUGUCGGCCACACUGCCCAGCGUCCUGAGGAGGAUGAAUGGCAACAGCUACAUGCUGCUGAGGCAGAGCGACUCUGAAAACACAUCACCGCUCUGCUACUCCUUUGCCGAGGAGCUCAACAGGAUCUUAGAAAAGCGGAAACACACUCAGCUAUUGCCCAGGCCGGACGAGAGCUCUGUGUAGACAGAGGUAGCUCCCCCUGUGGUGGGAGUACUGCAGUGUUCUUACCUGGUGUUGAAGUGCCUGUCACAUGACUUAUUAUUGUUGAGGACUAAAGCAACGAGAGAGUUUUAUCUACAUUCUUCACUUUGUUUUGUUUUUUGUCUACAUUGAGACAUUCCUGCUUUUUGAACAUUUGAGCUUUUUGUCAACCUUAUUUCCCAAAUUUCCCAACACAUAAACAAGUGAGAAUGAAGGACCGAGCAUGAAAUUGUAAUCUACCUCACCUCAAUACUGCCCAGAAGGACUAAUGCAGUCAGUCUGUAAUCUGAUCCGAGUAUCAGGGCUGAAAUCUCAGCCACAGAAAGAUCUCUGAUCCACAAAGCACAAAGCGAGAUACACAGACUCCACUGAGGAGCGGAGCCCCACGGGAAUAUAAAUACAUGUGAAGACUUCUGCUGUGUGGUGGCCAUAUUUGGGAUGAUUUCAACUGGAGGGCAGCUAGCCAAAGUUUGUUUGCACUAACAGGUGCACAGAUGGCCUAUGCAUUUUUAAAACAUGACAUUCACACAUUAUAAAUAUUGAGGGAGAUGGACGUGGUGAGCGAGGGAAUUUGGAUUGCAAUGUAUUCACUUUUAAUACUGACUUAACCAAUUGAAAUAAACAACAUAAAAUAAUAUACAGUAACUCAUGACACCAGCCAUCAUUAAGAAAUGGUGAACUAAUCAUUAUUUAGUAUUACUAUUCAAAAUCAUUAAGUUAAGUAAUUAACCAAACUAUCAACUAUUACAUUGUUUUAUAAAUAAUGAUAUAACAUGUAUGUGGUGUUACAAUUGGUUAGAAAUUAAAUCAAUAACCUUUGACUGCCACUAUUAACAAUCUGUUGGUAAUAACGUAAUAUACAAGAAAACUUUAUUAUUAAAAUAUUUGCAAACACAAAUAAACAUUACUCUACUGUACUAGCAUUACUUGCCUUGUUAUGGUGAAACCUUAUGUUGGCCUUUAUUAUAAUGUUUCAACUCAUGUCUGCAAUUCCUACAAACAGAUAACAAGUGGCCAUUAAACAUUAAUUAUAAGGGUCCAUAUUAUAUAUCAAAUUCAUAAGCUAUUAAAGAAUAAACAAAGAAAUAAUGUUAUUUAACCUUUUCAUAAUUGAGGAAAUAUAAAAUAUAUAUAAUAUAAAAAUAGUGAUUUUUUUCACCAGAUGUUAAUAGACAACCUGAAGAAAAUACAACAGUAUUAUUGAUUUUAAUGCACUUUAAAUACCAGUUUUAAAGCGCUUUGGGAAAGUUAACAGACGCUAUUAUGGAAUUUGACACUGCAACCUGUCAAGAAGAAGCAGCAGGCCAGAGGAGCUUUUUGAUUGGCCAUUUCUCAGUAUAAAGAGCGGCAGCAGUGAAGGCUCCAGCUGUGUCUGCUGGACCUUGUUUGACACAAGUGGAUUCGAAGGAAAACAUUGACUGUGUCUCAGCUGAGCAUGAAUCCACCGCUGAGUGACACUCUGCAUGAGACUAUAACACAGAAUGACAGACUGUUGGGCACAGCGUUUGCCAAAAGCAUCCCAGGUAAAUCAUUUUUGUAGCUUGCCAACACAUCUCCUACACAGGCACUUUUUUCAAACAAGCACUUAAGGAAAUAGAUCAUGGAGUUUGAGUGCACCAGUGUUUUAAAGACUGGAUACAUACAGAACAGUGAGACAGCACAAUGUUGUCUCACAUUUUAUGGGAUUUAAAUACAUUUGUAUGCUAACAGCUUGUUGAUCUGACUGCUGGGUUGUUUAUAAUUUGUGGAAAAGUUUUGGUUCGAUUCCCAAAUGAAAACAUCUGCUAUUGUCUGAUUCACAGAUAUGCUGUAUCACCUCAGACAAAUUAACAAUCUGACAGCAUAUUUAAUUUACGAGAGGAGCCCAACCAUGGACGACAUUAAAACAAACAUCAAGGCUUUAUUUCCAGAAAUCGGGGUGACAACUUUAUCUUUAGACUAGUUUGGUCAUUAUCAUUCAAUAUCACACUGUUUAUUUUCCUUAUCAGUGUCCUCUUGCUGCAUCUCACUGUGGUUCUGCUGUCAGAGGGCAGUGUUAAUUAAACAUUCGUCUUAUGACAAGUCUGACCUUACUGCAGAAGGAGGGAGAGAAGGAGGUUAGAGAUCCCCCCCAGAGAUUUACAGUAUGAAGCACUCUUAAGCUCCCAGUUAUUUUCCCAGACCCUCGGGCUCAGACUAUUUUAUUACUGUAUGUUGAAAUAGCAUUGCAAGUAUACAGCGUAUGCUUAUAUGCACCUAUAGCUGAGCAAUUCAGACACCUCCAUAGGCAAUCCUGUGGCACACUUGCAUAACAGCACAUUUUAUUGAACCUAACAGGCCUGUGAUGUCAGGGUGUGAGAUCCUGCAUGUGCUGCUGUUGUUCGCCUGAAAAGUUAAGCUUUCCAGUCAGUGGCACUGAUCAAAGACACGAAAGAAGAAAGACGCAGCUGCACACUUUGCACAUUUAAAGCCUUCAUUAAAGCCCUUUGACCUCAUUUCAAAGCACAAGACAAGGUGAACACAACGGCAGGGGUUUUAUUUCGUCAAGUUUUCAUUCCAUAUUCCUGCAUGAACACUUAAAAUCAGUGUUGUUAAUAUGUAAAUACUUUGAGCUGUGUUUGAAAAAGCCCAGGCCACAUAUAGGCAGGCAGCAGAGUCUACAAUGGAGACACUUACUGUAUGUGUGAAUAUUUUUUUCCCCUCUUUCUCUCUGUCUCUCUCGUUUAUAGGUCUGAUGAGCACAGGUCAGUUAAAAUUUAUCUUAAUUUUAUUCCUGGGGAUACCAUCUCCCAGCCAGCGUCAGAUGGCACGACCGGCUGCAAAGAUGUUCUUUUAAUGAGCAGUGAAAUGAAAUUCAUCAUCAUUAGUGGACGGCGGAGCCAGACGAGAAAGAGGGGCUGGAUAAGACGAGAGUCUCCGCAACUACAGCUCUGCUUCCCCACAACUGGAAUGAAAAUUGUUGGCUGCAGUGUCUUACUAAGCAACGUUUGUUCUUCAGACAGCGGCCAUUUUUGUGCAGAACGUCCUCGCUACAUGUUUGAUGCAAACUUGUUACACCAAACUUGACGUAUAUUGACCUUUUUAUCACACUUGCUGCAUGAAUUAUGUUUUGACACUACUGUUUUUUUUUUUCAAGUCAAGGAAACAACAAGGAUAACUCAUCUUAAUAUUAAUGAAAAGUGCCAAGGUUGAUGUUUAAAAAGUGCUUUGUGAGCCUAUUUUAAUGCAAAACCAGAAAAAUAUGAUUUUUAAAAAAGAGCCGUAUUUAUUUUGUAAUUUUUGUACAUUGUGUUUUGGAAGUUAUUGUCAUGUUGGUGUUUAAGUGCCACUUAAGAGACACCAUCCUGACAAAUAGGAGGGUGACAAGUUGACAGUGUUGCACAAAAUGUGAUAAAUAGAAGCAUGGUAGCCAAAAGCAUGCAGAGGCUGUACCAGCGCCACAGAAUUUAAUAUUUAUAACCUACUAAUGGGAGGACAAUUUACUACUCACUAUUACCUAUUAAUUAGGGAUCAUUCAGCUUUUCUGUCACUGUUAUGUCCACAUAUUAGCGUUUUAUCUCUAUUUGCAUGUUACACUAUGCUUGUGCACACCGCAAAUCAAAUUAUUUUACUAAAGUAACACUAAGAAUAACUGGGCAGUGGGUUCCUUCACAUCUCAGUCAUAAUGAGUUCAAAUAAAACUUUGUACUUCAA